AUAUUUUUCCAAUUGUUUUCAAUUUUCAGCAAAGUGUGGAUCUAGGAAUGGUGUGUCUGAAGCUGAUGUGCGACUUAUUGGUAUUGCAUCCUUAUUUCAACUACUCGCAGAACAUAGCUCAACUUCUCGUGUUGUAUCUCAACAAUCCAAAACCUGAAGUCCGCAGUAUUGUAUCGAAAUGCUUAUCUCAGAUUUUCAGAGAGGACAAGAAGGGAGAGCUGUCUUUAUUUAUUGUGCGCAAAAUAAACCUGUUGGUGAAGUCGAGGACGAAUGCUGUCCAUUCAGAAGCGGUGUCCGUAUUCUUGACCCUGAGAAUCAAAGACGUCAAUCUAGACCAGGAGAAAGAAGCUGAGUUGAGAGAGAAAAAGUUUCAAACUAGAAGGCAGAAGUUGCUGAGCAUGUCGAAAAAGGAGAGAAAGGCCAGCAAAAGAUUGGAACAGUUAGGAAAGGAACUAUUGGAAACAAAAGCUGAAGAAAAUAAGCAGACAAAGCAUAAAACUCUCACGGAGGUAAUCAAAGUUGUAUUCACUGUAUACUCUCGUAUACUCAAAAAUGAUCCGACGUCCAAACUGCUCUGGAGGGCAUCGCAAAGUGAGUAAACUCUAACGCAAUUC